CUAAUUUUAUCACCCCCUAAGUAUAUACAGUGAAAAAUGGUAAUGUGCAUAAAGCCAUAAACCAUUGCUAUAAAUAAGGAAGGUAUUGAUGCAUUCAAGAAUCAAGAAUCAAGAAUUCAUCAAUGGCUCUACAUGAUACAAAAAAACACAACACUAAACCUAAUGUAGCAGCCAUCUUUGGGGUGACUGGCCUUGUGGGGAGACAGCUUGCAAGAAGCCUGCUUUCGGCAGGGCCCGGCGACAUCGACGUCGACGACGACUGGAAGGUCUACGGCGUCGCCCGGCGCCGCCUUCCGGAAGAGGAAGACGAGUUCCGGGGACACCCCGGAUACCGUUUCGUUUUGUGCGAUCUACUUUGUCGUGAGGACGUCGAAAAAAAGCUCGCCCCGAUGGAUGACGUUACUCACGUCUUUUGGCUCACUUGGGCCGCCGGGUUCCCCGUCGACACCGUCGAGUGCUACGACGAAAACAAGUCGAUGAUGGGCAACGCUUUGGACGUGAUUCUCCGAAACGCGACGGGGCUACGGCACGUCUCGUUGCAAACCGGGGUGAAGCAUUACGUGUCGUUGACUGGCGGGUCGGGGGACGAGGGGGUCAUGUUGUACGACGAGGAGUCUCCGAGGAUCGACGUCGGGCGUAACUUCUACUACGGUCUCGAGGACUUGUUGGACGAGAAAUUGCCGGGUCGUAACGUCGCAUGGUCGAUCCACCGGCCGGGAUUGAUCGCGGGGUGCUCGAGGAGAACGUUUUAUAACUUCGUCGGAAGUUUAUGCGUUUACGGCACCUUGUGCAAGUAUUUAGGUCUCCCAUUUUUGUUCGGCGGGACGCGUCGUUGUUGGGAGGAGAUGCAUAUCGAUUGCUCGGAUGCUCGGCUCGUCGCCGAGCAACAUGUGUGGGCGGCGACGAGGGGCGGGCCCCGCAGAGGGGAAGCAUUUAAUGCGAUCAACGGUGAGGAUUACGCGUGGAAGGAGAUAUGGGGGGCGAUCGGGGAGAAGCUCGGGGUUACGGGCGGGGGGGUUUCGGAGGAAUUCGUGUACGCCGAGGCGAUGGCGGGAAAGGAAGAUGUUUGGAGAGAAAUUGUCGAGGGAAACGGACUUGUGAAGACGGAAGUCGAGGAAUUGGCGAACUGGCAGAUGUUGGAUGUGAUGUUUCGAAUCCCGAAGAAAAUGUUGGUAAGUAGAAAGAAGAUUGAUUCAAUGGGGUUCAAGACAAGAAGGUAUGGUGCCUUGGAUUCAAUGUUGUAUUGGAUUGAUGUUAUGAGGAAACAUAAGUAUAUCCCUUAAGACAUUGCUAUUGGUAUGAAAUAUUGUAUUACAAACUCAUAAAAGUUUUAUUUUUAAUGAUAUUGAAUCAAAUAAAGUUGUAUAAAUUCUUAAAAUGUUCAUCUUAAUGACAAUGGUCGGUGCCAAGAAGUUAUAAUAUUAAAAAUAUAUGUCAAAAUAAUAAUUAACUAAAAAUAUAAAUAAAUAAGUAAAGAAAUUAUAAAAUAAUGAGUUCGUGCUAAAUCGUGGUUUGAAUUGUUGGUAGCAUAUCAUAUUUAGAAUUCGGCGGUCAAAGCCUAAGCAUAGAUGGACGGACAUCGAGAAAUGUACCUUUAUUAAUUAAUAGGUUAUUAAUCUUCUGAAACAAAUAAAUAAAAUAAAAUAAAAUAGAGUUAUUAAUAAAAUUCAAUUUAUUAAUAGCUAGAACAUGAUUACUUUUUCUUCUCUUUUCUUUUUUAAAUUUUUUAUGAGAAUUUCUAAUGCACCCAAUAUUGUUUAAAAUAUAACUAUUAAG